GGCGGGGCGGCCGGUGGCGCUCGCGCUGCGGCCCGGCUGCGGCAGCGGCGGCAGCGGCGGCGCGAGGCCCGGCCCGGUUCCGUUGGGUUCCUUCGUGUGUGGUUCUCUCCGGCCCAGCCCGCGCCGGCGCUUCUCCUCAGCGUCCCGCUAUGGCGCUGCUGCGGGCGGCCGCGCUUCCCGCCGAGGGGUCCCCGGCCUGGCUGCCCACCCACGUCCAGGUGACGGUGGUGCGGGCCCGCGGGUUGCGGUGCAAGGGCGGCAGCAAGCCGGGCACCAGCGACGCUUACACCAUCAUCCAGCUGGGCCGCGAGAAGUACAGCACCUCGGUGGCCGAGAAGAGCACCGGCAACCCCGAAUGGCGGGAGGAGUGCGCCUUCGAGCUGCCCCCCGAGCUGGGCACCCCGACGGGGCUGGCCCGCGGCAGCCUGGUGCUCACCGUCAUGCACCGGGCCUUGGUGGGCAUGGACCGCUUCCUGGGCCAGGCCACGGUGCCCCUGGAGCCAGCCCUGCAGCAGGGCCGUGCGCCCGACGAGCGGUGGCACAAGCUCCACUCCAAGGCUGGGAAGAAGGAGAAGGAGCGUGGUGAGCUCCUGGUUUGCAUCCAGUUCACACGCAACAACCUGACGGCCAGCAUGUUCGACCUGUCCAUGAAGGACAAGCCGCGGUCGCCCUUCGGCAAGCUGAAGGACAAGGUGAAAGGCAAGAAGAAAUACGACCUGGAGUCGGCCUCUGCCAUCAUCCCCAGCAGCAUGGGUGCCCUGGAUGUGGAGGAUGACUUUGACAUCGGGGGCAAGAAGUCCAAAGUCAAGGGCUUCUUCCUGAAGAACAAGCUGCGCAAGUCGUCGCUGACUCAGUCCAACACCUCGCUGGGCUCUGACAGCACCAUCUCCUCUGCCAGCCUGGGCCUGGCUGCCAACGCUCCUGAGGUAACCAAAUCCCCCAGCAGACACAGCAGCCUGUCCACGGAGCGCUCUGUGAAGGACUAUUUGCCAUCUCCAAAGCUGACCCACAAGAGAGCGUUCAGUGACGAUGUCUCCCAGGUCAGCCCAGUCCUGGAGCCCAAAGCAAUCCAAAACUUGAAGCCAAAGAACGACCCUGUGUCCCGGUCUUCCCUCUGCAUCAAUGGGAGCCACAUCUACAACGAGGAGCCUGCACCAAAGAGCCCUGCAUCCAUCCCACCCAGCUCUGCGCCGCUGCCCGUGCCCGGCGGCCCCCGGCGGCAGGAGGAGAGCUUCGGCUUCGCCCCCCUCCAUCCCGACUCCCACGAGGUGCCCUGGGGGGUCAGCAACUUUGAGAGGACGCAGCAGAAUGAGCCCAGGUUCAUCCCAUCUCCUCCCAGCUUAGCCUUGCAAGAAGAGCUCAAGGUCUCCACCAAAGCUGUCACGCUCAGUAACCAUCUGGGCAGAGCCAGGAUGGAAGAGAGCAGUCGCUUGGAGGGCAAGCCGACUCAGGCUGCCGCACCCAUGGUCUUCUCUGCGGACACAGCGAAGGACAAACAACCUGAGGAAGUGAGGAAGGAAGACAAGAAAGCAAAGAGUGGCCUCUUCCACCACGGGGGCAGCAGGAGCGAAGCAGGGAGCAAGGGCCAGGGGGAGAAGGCGGGAGCCUCCCACGGCUCGUCCAGCCAUGCGGCGGCAGGAGGGGAGGACAGGAAUAAGCCCAGCAGCUGGUUUGGUUCAAAGGAGCCCAAGGAGUCCCCUCAGAAACCCAGUUUGCCGUCUGGGCCGCAUGCUUCAACAGAGGUCGCUGGGAACUUUUAUUCCUCUGAGGAUUGCAGUCCCUCUGCCUCCCUAAGCCAUAAAGACCAGGAGAGGGAGUCUCCAGCCAAAAGCGUUGGUGUCCCCGUUCCAGAAACUACUCCCCCGUCACAAGGAGACCUCUCUCCUCCAGAUGAGAAACCCGCAGUCCCUCCUCCCCUUUCGGAGUGGGACGACACCUUCGAUGCCUUUGCAACCAGCAGGCUCAAACCAGAACUGCAGGAGAACUUCUUCGCUUCGGUGGUGGCAGAGGGCGUGGCUUUCAUCGACGAUCCCGAUGCAGCCAGCCCCGUGGAGAGAUCAGCUGAGCCAGCUCAGAAGGGGACUGAGGUGCUGGAAAAGGCUGAGUCACAAAUCGGCAGUGAACUGCCCGCAGCUCUGCGGCCUUGGACGAAUUUCUCUGGUUUAGACGUAGGGGCAAACUUGGUGAGCACAACUCAGGAAGCAACGGUGAUCGAGGACGUGCUGAGCCCUGUGUCUGCAGGGUCGGUGGGGAGGAGGAGGACGAGCAGCACGCCGACGGUUUGGACAGCUGCCUUCGCAGCGGGUGGCACAGGGGAGAAGGAGGCUUCCGCGCCACUGACUGCUGACAGCAGCAGCGCUAGGGAGGAAGGGGACGGUGAUGAGGAGGAACCCUCCAGUGGAGGGACAAACGGAUGGAUGACCAUAGCCACCGAAACGGCUCCUGACCUGCCAGAGAGUGCCCAAAGCAUGGCCGGGCAGGAGCGGGCGGAUCAGGACAGUGCCUUCAGCCCGCGGCCAGCCUUCCUCGAAGCCAAGAGCGGCUCUCGCGCUGCCCCCUGCCUGCUGCCCAGAAGCUCCUUCGCCCCUGAGCUGGGCUCCCAAACUCUGCCAGGCACCAACGUGGCGGCUGUGCCCCCGCGGGUGCUCGCAGACAUGGCACCGCAGCGGUUCCCCGCGGCCCCUGAGCCAGGGAUGGAGCCCCAGGGUGCUGGUAGCAAAGAGGAGGCAUUCGACAUCCGGACUUCAGUCUACAGGCUCCAGGCCAGCAUGCGGCUGGAGGCCAGCGAGAGCCGCGUCAGGCUCAGCUCCGAUGUUCGUGAGAGGCACGUCGUCCUCUCACCCUGGGCAGGCACCCGAGAGCAGGAGGAGAUGGCAGCUGGCUCAGCCGUGCCACCCCCAAAACCUCCAAGGUGGUUUGCAGCCAUGACCAGCGGAGGGGACGGCGAGGAGGAGGGUGGCAGCAACCCGCAGCUGAGACAGCAGGGCAGCGAGGAGCGAGGGGAAGCUGUGGAGGGCCUGAAAGCAGAUGUGGAGCUGCCAAGGAGCCACCUGAUCAGCAAGCCCUCUGUCCCUGCAUCUUCCAGUCCACCUGUGCUGGGAGUGGAUGUAGCUGAAGCCAGGAGUGAGUGCCUGCACCCCAAGGAAGCUGAAUCUGCGGCUGUGGGCUCAGCACAGGAGGAGAGAGCUAGUGAGCUGGCUAAAGAGGAUGCGUCUUUAGGGGGAGACCAAUCAGAGGCGAAUGAGAUGGAUUCAGCUGAGCAGUUUGAGACUUGUCCAUCAGAGUUCUUCUUAGAUGGAUUAGGCCAGUCGAGUGCUAAGGAGAGCUGGAGCCAGCCUCUGAUGGUGACUGCAGAUGGUGCCGAGCGGGAGGUGGCCUCCAAACAGGAGCUGUUCCCUGAGGACCUGAACAUGUCAGGACUAAACCCAGCUUCCAAGCUAGACCUGGGCCAGACAGAAACCUUCUGUACAGCUCUGGAAGAGCAGGAGGCAGCUGAUCACCCGGAAGAUCUCAGCCUGGUGGCACAACCCCCAAGGUUAGAGCACGGGGAGAGUCCAUCCCAGCCGGAGCCAGUAUGGGGUGAUGGUGAGGGGCAGCAUGGGCCAGUGGCUGGCCCCACCAGGCAAGUGGGAGGCCAGCUUGAGCUUUGUGCCCCCACGUCAGUGGCUGGCCCUUCCCAGGAGGCAGAGCAGGGCAGCCCUGCUGCCAGCGAGCCCAAGGGCCCCUGGUGCUCAGCAGACAGCAGGAUAGACUUCAAGAAGGCUGAUUUCUGGAAGCCAGAUAGGGUGAAGGAGAGGAGUCAGCAGGACACUUCAACCCCAAGAAAUCCCUUUGCUCCUGCACUCAGCCCAAAUUCCCCAAGCAAUCCCUUUGUGGAGAAGCCGCCAGAACCCCUCCCCGUUCAAGCCGUGCUGCCCAAAAGGCUUGAUGAGGGAGGCUUCGGCUUCACCAGCCUGCGCGAGGAAGCCCUUGGGCAAGGCUUCCAGCCCACUAACCUCCCCAAGGAGCUUCCUUUCCUGCAUGACAGCCAGCCCUUGGCCUUCUCCACCCCUUUCCUUGUGGCUGCAACUAACCCUAAUGAGUUUGAUUUCCCCUCCCCUGUCGCGUGCCCCGCAAGCAGCGGGGUCCCUGCCGCCAGCCGCCGCGCAGCCGCCCAGCCCUGCCCUUUGCCGCAGUCCGGUGACACACAAGCUUCAGCGCUCGUGGUUUUGCCCAGGGAGACACAGCCAGCUGAGAAGCCCUUUUUCCUCCAGCAGACAACCAGUCCUCACCCAGUGAAACCCAUCAGUGCUGUGGUGCAAGAGGUCUCCAGUGAGAAGAAGCAGCAGCACAGGUCCAGCCUGUCCACUGCUCUGAGCAAUGGCCUGGAGAAGCUGAAGACAGUCACCACGAGCAGUGUCCAGCCUGUGGCCCCAUCCUCUCACCUGGAGAAAACAGAUUCAAAGAUGCAGGAUUCCUCCAUACUGGACCAGUCUGCCAAAUAUUAUCACUUGACCCACGAUGAACUCAUCGAGCUCCUGCUGCAGAAGGAGAAGGAGCUGAGCAAGAAGGAGGAGCACAUCCGUGAGCUGGAGAACUACAUCGACCAGCUGCUGGUGCGCAUCAUGGAACAAUCUCCCACACUCCUCCAGAUCCCACUGGAGGAAAGCAAGACCAAGUAACCUGUCCCCAGUGACCAGUAUCACCUGCCUAGAGCACUGCUCCAGUAACCACGCUGCAAACAUCCCUGCACUUCCCCUCCUCUUACAAGAGGGCUCCAGUGGCUUCUGUUCGCAGAGUUUAGCAGGAAAGGUUAUCUGCUCCUUCCCAGCCCAAGCUUAUCCCAGCUCUGGCUCCAGGGAACUAUAGGGUGAUGGGCUAUCAUCUACCCUAUGGGGAGGAGCAGAGCCCUCCAGCCCUCCACAGAGGGCAGGUGCUUCCUUAGGUUCCUGUCAUUGUGACCAAGUGGCCUCUUCUCAGGCACUCAUCCUGCCAGUGCUUUAAGUGGUCCGUGGACAUGUGAGAGCUGGAGACCAACCACCUCGCCAGUGUCUUCAUCCUGCUGCUGCUGCUCUUCUGCUCACAGUCUUCCACAUCUCUUACCUCUGAAAUGGUGUACCCUGGCUGAUGGAUGGUUGAUGACAUCAGGGAUGCUUGAACUCAGUUAAGACUCUGCCAGCAUGCUACUGGGCAGGGCAGCUGGGGAAAAAGGCUACUGUGGGCUGCCUCUUUCCCUUCCUGCCCCACAUGUUGUACCCCCAAAUGAAGGGUCUUCGUCUGAGGAUCCAGCUUUAGGUUGUGCCAGUAUCCAGCCGUAUGAGAGAUGCUACACAAAGCAACAGCACUGCAGUCAGAGGCUGUAGAGGACUCGUGCCAAGGUCACUGCCUGAUCCUGAACAGAUGAUCCUGUUGAUUCCUUGGCUGCCUGCACUCAGAGUUGUGAUGUUGCCUUGCUUACCCAGCUCAGAACUGAUCUCAGGAGAUGGGAGACAGGGCCAGCCAUGGUCUGUGCACCAUCAGUACUGCAGGAGUUCUCUCACACCACCCAGCCCAUCACUGGCGUGGCUGGCACUAGUGUGGCUGGGGGAGGGCUCCUCUCUACAAGCCACAGCUGCAUUUUCUGCUCAGUAUUACACUCCCCACCUCCUGUCUCCAGGAAUUGCUUCCCACUGGCUGCCUUCUGCCACUGACUUUGCGUCAUCUUCCUCUGUGCAACAGGAAAAUGCCGCUGGGACUGCAGCUCAUGUGCAGAGAAGGAUGUGUGACCUCCUGGCCACCUCUCUGCAUGACAUCCUGCUAGGUCAGGCAUCCAUCAAACACUCUCUGUCAACACAGCAAUGCAGUGAUCACUGUGGCUCCCCUUCAAGCCAAUAUGAGCACCGAACACCCUCCUCAUCGUAGCACAUCUGCACGCCGGCCUCAGGUCUCGAGUGGCAUGGGCCUGACUGUAGGUGUUGUAGGCCAGCUCUCAGGAGCUGAGCUCUGCUGACUGCUGAGUGACCCUCUAAAAGCCUCUGGUUGAGGUGGUUCAGCUACCACAGGUGAUGCCAGCCUGAGACUGGUAAGCGAUGCUCCUGGCCACAGCAAGUACAGCACAGCCUUUGGUUUAGAGGUGGAAGGGUAUAAGAGAGGAUGUUGCUUCCUCUCUUCUUCUGCCAGGAUUUGGGCCUGAAGGUGCCCCUGCAGGCAGAGGGUUUGUUGGUGGGAGACUUGAGCUGUCGACAUAAGUGUCUGAAACCAGGAGAGUAAGGUGUCUUCUCUCUCCUGUAGAGCUCCCAAAGUUACUGGCUUCUUUGAAAAGCUUCAUGUUCUCCUUCCUUGCUUCAGUGCACACCAGGACUUUGAGAAAUGGUGCCUUUUGCAAUAGGACAGUAGCAGUUUCCAACCCAAAAAAGCCUCUGAAAUCCAGUUCUCAGUUCAGUGCAGCCUGUCUUGGGCAGCUUUCUCUUCUGUUCUCCUGCUAAUCUGGACUAGGUGGGUUUGUCUUUGAAUGCAGCCAGCAGAGCCUCCUCACCCCUGCCUGCAGGUUGGUUUUGGUCUUUGGCAGGAGUGCUGCACAGGCAGGUAGAAAGAUGAGAGGUGACUCUAGAGGAAGACAAGACCACAGAUGUUCCAGGGCAAAAUACAGCUGGGUAGAGACAACUUUGGGUCAUGCUCAGAGUCUGGAGAAGCAGGGUAUGAGCUGUCAGGAGAAAAGGAGAUUUGGUGUUGCUGUCAUCAGCAAGGUUUGGUCAUGUCUAGCCUGUAGAGCACUGUAUGAGGAGGAGGGUUUGUUACCUGGGAAGAUACCAGCCACAAGCCUUUAGUUCCUACCUGCCUUUGGCCCUAGUAUGGAGUGAUCUGGGCUUUUGCACUUCUCUGCCUGUGUCUUCAUGUUCCUCCUCCCUCUGUGGUGUCUCAGGUGUGGGGUCUUUGUUUCUGGUCUAAGACAUGAGGGGCUGAGGGAAAAGUGUUUCUCCCAGUUAGGAAAUUCCAGACACUUUUCUCUGUAUAACCAAAAGACUCUAUGGCCUGGGAGCUGGAUUCCUUUUCUGGGUGCCUGCUUGUGUCAGAGAAGCUCUUCCAUUACCUGAAGGUGGGCAGGAAGGAGUUGUGGACAGCCAGAAAGCAGCCCAGCUUCAGAAGAGUGGUGUGGCACGGGAAGGAGUGCUGGAGAGGAGGCAGCCCCACUGGUGGGCAGGGAUGCUGAGUGAGCACUGAGGGCUUCCAUCAGGUGGGCAUUGGUAAGGGGGAGAGGUGUAGAGCCUAAAGCUCUCACAAGAGCCAGGGGCCCACACUGACUCCCUGCUAAAAAGCUGCUUCCUGGGACUCCUCCCCCAGCGUUGUAGGUGCUUCCCACACACAAGUGCCAAUGUUAAUAAGGAUCUCGCUGCACCUCCUGCCUGCCUCCUCCUCCAUCACGUUUCACCGCCUCCCCAGUCCCCCUCUGCCUUAGUCAGCUGGGCCUUUAGUUUUUUCCUCUCCAAAGCCUGACUGUUUUGCACUGGAACAUAGGAAGUUCAUCUCCGAGCUGCAUCAGGCCACGGCUGCUGCCUGACCCUCUCAGCAAUGCGUGCUGCCUCCCAUGACCUGCCUGUGUCACCUUGGAGCAACACAAUCCCCACAGCUGCCUCCCACUGCAGGAGCCCCCACUGCUGUCUCAGGGGAGGCUGGAGCAAGCAGAGCUCCAACAUCCUUGCCUUGACUUGGUGGUAGCAGAGCCUCUCCAGAGGCCGAGGUGUGGCUGUGGGUACCUUGGCAUCGCCCCUGAGACGAGAGGCUACAGAAAAAUCCAAGUGGUGACAACGGCUAAGGCUGCCCUGAUGUGUCAUGUCUGUCCUCCAGCCUUUGGAAGUCCAGAGGAAUCCUCAAACAAUGGUUUGUGCUUGGGACAAGGCAUCUUCAAGGUGCUUCUAUGUUCUGUGUUUCUCCACCCUGCUGUCUUGCAAAUGUGGAGGUUUUCUCCACCCCACAGUUUCCAUUCUCUGCAUAGGAGCAAGCGAGCUUGGCUACCACACACAACAGCACUGAAGCCAGUCUGUCAUUUGUUGUGUUAAACCCUCUGAAACGACCAGAGUGAAAUGGUUUUGAGGCCCUGAAUGUUUUCUUGUAGAGAAAAAGCAACAGGGAAAAUGUUCUCAAGUUGUUGAUGUUCCAUAUUUCGGGUUCAGUUGCAGAUGCAGGGAGGUGAGCAGCACUCCUGGUCAGGGUGCAGGGCUGUCGCUGUUUGCUGAGCAGAGGAAGGGCUUUGGGUGGGCCAGCAGCAGCUUUUCCUGGGUUCUGUUUGGACACAGCCAUAACAAUGACUCCAGGAGGAAUUUUUGCCUCCUGCUUUGUCUUUCUCCUUCAGCUCUGGAGCUGUUUCACGAGGUCUUCCACAGGGUGCUGUUGCUCUGCUUUUGUUGCCAGCCCACCAGUGGGUUUCUUGCAUUUAAGGAACUCUGGCCAAGCGAUUUCUUUGUACCUUGACGUGGCCCUUCUGGCCCAGACUCAGGCGGCCAGAAGAGCUGCCGAGGGCUGUCCUUAAACUGGAACAAAGCUGAGAGGAUGUGGGUGCUGAAGGCUCAUCUGGACUCAGCCUUACGACUCGUCUGUGAAGCUGCUCUGUGUCACAGGCGUGGGGAGGGGAAAAGAACCAGCCCCGAGCGGGAGCGAGAAGCGUCGGGGGAGGGUUGGAGUUGUUGAUUUCCCUGUGCUUGGCGUGCAGGGGAAGUGGGUUCUGUGUGUUUCAUGUUUUAAUAGUUGCAGCUGAUGUUUCUAAAGAGCUUCUUCUUUACGUUUUAAGCACUUUAAAAAAAAAAAAGAAUAAAAGUUGUUCAA